AUGAAAAUGCUUGCAAGAAGCUUUGUAUAUUGGUUUACGAUGGAUUCCGACAUCGAAAAACUCGUCAGGACCUCUCCAAGAUGUGCAUCCGUGACAAAGGAUCCGGUCAAAACCGAACCACAAUCAUGGCCGAAACCACACUCGCCGUGGACUCGAGUUCAUGCUGAUUUCGUUGGACCGAUGGAAGGACGAUACCAUCUGGUCAUCGUGGACGCCUACUCCAAAUUGCCGGAAAUAGUUCAGAUGUCAUCGAUCUGCUCAACGGCUACUAUGCAAGCAAUGAAGUACAUCUUUACCAAGUUCGGAAAUCCAGAGACGUUCGUCAUGGACAACGGAACGUAG